AUGGCUUUAGAAUACGCCUUGUCAAACUUGAGUCCACAGAUGCUCCUAAAUAUAAAAAGUUCAGCAGGGGAAGGAAGGAGCGGCAAGCGGCAUGUACAGCAGCAACAACAGCAGCAGUCUAGCAGGAAGAUCACCACCACAACAACCACCACCAUCACCACCAACACCAAUAGUACAACCCCCUCCUCACCACUCGCAACACCAACCUCCACCACCAGCACCACAGCGUCCAUCCACCACCACCACCACCACCACAGCCUCCUCCACCACCACCUCCACCACGUUAAGCCUCCUGCCAGCGUUGUCAACUGCAGCCCCUAUGUCCACCAGCUGCUCCACCGCCUCCUGCCACGCCACAUCACGACGGAGCAUGUGGUCUUUAGUCACAAGACGAAGGUCGGGGGUCGCUCUCUCUACUUCUUCAGCCCAGCGUCUCGGGGCGGUCUGACCAAACCUGUUUUUACCACGAGAGAGAAGUUGACCCCGCUGCUAGACGGCCACCCGGAGGAGGAGGACGAGGGGGUGGACAUGAGCACAUCACCCAUUCGCUUGGGGCUGCAACGUGGUGGGGAGCGGAGGGGGGUGGUGUGUACAAUCAAGAGGGUACACCUUGGUGACCCCGCGUGUGACCUCGGGGUUAGCGUGUGGAGGGGUCGCGGCCCCCAGCGUGGUUUACAAGGCCCCCAGCGCCCCCCACCAGGCACAGGACCCGCUCUUCUUGUUGAGGCCUCCAGUGACGGGCGGGCAGGGGACGGCAUGGCGGUGGCAGCAGGGUACAACGGGGAGGUCAUGUUCCUGCUCCCCUACUCCCUGCUGGCUCGGGCGGAUCUCGAACCCCGGGCAACGGAAAUACUCGUGCAGGACGCUAUGCUUUCCUGCGUCAGUGAGUCCGUGGUGUGGUUCCAAGUGAAGAGCUUCACACGCAGGAAGGUGAUGCCCAACACCCGCCAGCUCUCCGGCCAGCUCCACCUCUCCAAGCUUAAUCUACGCUCGCCAGACCUCAAACGGCUCUCCUGAUGUCCGCGCUCCCUAGGCCAGAUGAGAGUGACGUGUGUGUUGUGUGUGUGCGCUUCUUUCUACCGCUACCAUCGAUACUGGCGGAGAGAACGAUGACCGCAGGAAAUGGUGGAGUGUUAUAUGUAUGAAUCCCAGCGCUGCCACCAUUGUAUUAUUAUUUGGCGGAGAGAACGACGACCAGAAGCAAUGAUAGUGUGUUACCAAUGUGAAUCCUAGCGUUCUAUUAUUCUUUGGCGGACAGAACGACGGCCAGAAGAGAUGAUAGGGCGUUAUAUAUACGAAUCCUACAGCUGCCACCAGUAUAUUCUUGCUUGACGGAGAGAACGACGACCAGGAGAUACAAUAGUGAAUUACUUAUAUGGAUCCUACAGCUGCCACCAUUGUAAUACUCUUGGCAGGCAAAACGAAGACCAGAAGAGAGAUGAUAGCGUGUGUUACCUUGGCUUUGGACUGAAAACAAAAACUACAGAUCCAUACGAUGACGGUAAGUGAAGACGAUACUAACGAUGGAUAACUUCUCUCACCUAUACACUAUACCUGCUUUUGUUUACUCUUCCUUUCCUGCGUAGAAGUGAGGAUAGAUAGAUAGACAGAGAGAUAGAGAGAGGGAGUCUAAUACCCUACUAAUACUGAUCUAUAUACCUUACCAGCCUGCCUUUAUGCCCACCAACGCUGCCUGUACUCUUGGUGUUGUAGCCUUAGUCUCUGGUUCACGAAGAAAGAAGGAAAAGCGGAACGAACACAGUUGAAGUAUACUAAAGAACAUGUAAAAUAUACCCCGUAGAAAACUUAUGGAAAGGAAAAACAGCAAUACUGGAUAAUUAAAAUAUGGGAAAUUCGUAUUAUGGGACAAAUUAUCGUUUACAACAGGGGAAAAUAGCAGAACGAUUUAGCACAUGAUGUACGGUUAAAUGAUUAUAAAAAAACACCCUAAAAAGUACGGAAAGAAAAAAUUAUAUUAGACAAAGAAAAGCAAUAUGCAGCACUCAUACCCCAGCUUUUUUUUAUUACAUACAAUGAACUAUAACUGAACGAACACUACGGAUACAACGGCCUCGUCUUAUGGAAACACUUGUAGAAUAUAUUAACGAGCUUAAGAUAAAAAAAAGUGCAAGAUAGAUAACAUUACAAAAAAGGUUAAAAAUCACAAAAAAUAGCAACAAUUACGUAUCGCUAAGAACACUUCAACAUACGGCGGCCUUGUCGAUAAAGAAACACUUGUAGAAUAUAUUAACGAGCUUAUGAUAAAAAAAAGUGCAAGAUAGAUAACAUUACAAAAAAGGUUAAAAAUCACAAAAAAUAGCAACAAUUACGUAUCGCUAAGAACACUUCAACAUACGGCGGCCUUGUCGAUAAAGAAACACUUGUAGAUUAUAUUAAUGAGCUUAUGUUAAAUUUAUUUGAUAGACAUUACGAAAAGGUUGAAAAUAUAUAAAAAUACCAACAAUUGCGUAUCUCUAAGAACACUUCAACAUACGGCGGCCUUGUCGAUAAAGAAACACUUGUAGAUUACACUGAUACGUUAAGAAUAAAAAAAAUAAUAAGGAUAAUAAUAAGAAAAUGAUUGACUCGUGUAAAAAAAAUAGGACUUCAGCUUCUUCCCAAUAAUAUUAAUGAAGCGAAUUAGAAUCACACACACACACUGACAGGGUUUGAUGAAGGAGAUAUAUAGCGUGUAAGGAUGAAUAAUUAACUUGUUUUGAUUUUAAUUAAAGGUACACUAAUUAGGGUUAAACACAGGUAUAUCACUAAUGUGUGUGUGUGUGUGUGUGUGUGUGUGUGUGUGUGUGUGUGUGUGUGUGUGUGUGUGUGUGUGAUAAGGAAAGGGAAAGGAAGGGAAAGGGAGAUAAGG